AUGAAACACAAGUACAGGAACAAUGGCGUCGACGACCAGCGCAGGUACGGUACAGACAAGGAACACAAAAAGUAUCGGCGAUUCUUGGCGAAUGCAGUGAAAGAUGAGGGGUGGCGAUCAUCAUCGCAUUGCCGAAAUCGACAUGAGCACCGAAACCUGGCUGUACUACCGUCCAUCCCAUAUUGGCAGCGACAGCAGUUGGACUACGGUGUCUACAUCAUCAACCAGGAUGGAGAGGGAGUGUUCAUCCAACGGGCUAAAUUGAUGAAUGCAGGCUUUGUUGAAGCACGUAAGGAAUAUGAUUAUGACUGCUUUGUCUUCUCUGACAUAGAUCUAGUUCCUAGAUUGACCGUAAUUCUAUAGAUGUUUUCAAAUCCCAGACACUUGGCUGUGGCUAUGGACAAAUUUAACUUCCAGUUACCCAUGGUAGCUUCUUUGGUGGGUUUCUUCAUUGUCCAAAAGCCAAUUCUAAAGUAACGGCUUCCCGAUACUUUCUGGGGCUGGGGUGGUGAGGACGAUGAAUCAGCAUCUCGAGUUAUCUUCCAUGAAAUGUCUAUUUCGCGACCUGACUUGGUGACAGGAAAGUACAAGAUGAUCAAACAUGAGAGAGAUUUACACAAGCAUAAAUCCAUGAAUGCUGGUAAACUGGAGAACACAAAGUCGACCAUGAUGAAGAGGGGAUUAAUUUCUAAAGUACACAGUCAAAGGAGAUUGUUAAAGGAUAUACUGUACACUUGGAUCCACUGUGGAUAUUCACGCCCCGCUCACAAUCUGAGGAUUAUGGAUUUGUGA